UUCGCUCCACCCGGAAGCAGGCGGAUGCGGUGUAUCAGAAUAUCUGGGCACUAGCGGUAUCUCCUUGCUCAGCCGCGAUGGCCAGCCUCCUCCUCCCGCAUUGCCGCCCUCUCCUCAGGUUUUCCUCCUCCGCCGCCGCCGCUGCAUCUUCCCCGAAGCAGAAGGAGCCUCCCCCGGACCGCCGCCGGCCCUACCUGCCCCCGAAGGGGAGCGUCCGCUCGCAGGCGCCCGCUGCCCCCGGCUCCACCGCCGCUGUCAUCCCGGAUUUCGGCAACUACCGUGAGGCGUAUCGGAGCAAGAGCAGCGCGGAGCUGGUACGGAGCCUGUUGGUAUUCCGGCUGUGCUCCUACAGUGUGUUAGUGGACCGGCACAAGGAGCUCAUCAAUCUCAGUCGGGUCUUCUUUGGGAAAUGGCUCUUCGAGAAAGUCAUGAGGAUGACUUUUUAUGGACAGUUUGUUGCUGGAAAGGACCAAGAUGACAUCAAGCCAUUGAUCCAGCAUAAUCGCUCCUUUGGAGUGGGCUCCAUUCUAGAUUACAGUGUCGAAGAAGACUUGACCCAAGAGGAAGCAGAGAAAAAGGAAAUGGAGUCCUGUGAGUCUCCAGGAGAGAAGAAAGUUACAGAUGAUGAUAUUCACAGGGAAAAGAAAUUCCGGCCCCAUAAACAAUUCGGAGACCGCAGAGAAGAUGUCUUUAGUGCUCGGACAUACUUCUACGCAGAUGAGUCCAAAUGCGACCAAUUUAUGGACACCUUCCUGAAGUGUAUUGCAGCAUCUGGUGGGAGCUCUGAGGAUGGAUUUUCUGCCAUCAAGCUGACAGCACUGGGGAGACCACAGUUCCUGCUGCAGUUUUCCGAGGUGCUGGUUAAAUGGCGUGGUUUUUUUCGCCAGCUCGCUGCUGAGCAAGGAAAGGCUGGCCAGGCAGCGGUGGACAUGAAGCUGGAUAUGGAGCGACUGCAGCAAAGCUUGGUUAAACUCGGCAUAGCCACCUUGGAAGAGAUCACCGACUGGUUUAAUGGAGAGAAGAUUGGACUGUCUGGCACUGUAGACCUGUUGGACUGGAACAAUUUGAUCGACAACAGGACAGAAGUUGCCAAACUCUUUGUAGUUCCAAACCUGCAGACUGGUGAGAUUGAACCACUUCUCCUACAGUUCACAGAGGAGGAGGAUCUCCAGAUGAAAAGGAUGCUGCAGAGAAUGGAUAUCCUAGCAAAGGAAGCCUUGAAGAGAGGGGUCCGCCUCAUGGUUGAUGCUGAGCAGACCUACUUCCAGCCAGCUAUCAGCAGACUGACCCUGGAGAUGCAGCGGAAGUUUAACGUUGAGAAGCCCGUCAUCUUCAACACCUACCAGUGUUACCUGAAGGAUGCCUAUGAUAAUGUGUCUAUGGAUGUAGAACUGUCUCGCCGGGAAAACUGGUACUUUGGGGCAAAAUUGGUGAGAGGAGCAUAUAUGGCCCAGGAACGCAAGCGUGCCAGAGAGAUUGGAUAUGAGGAUCCCAUCAACAAAACCUACGAAGAUACAAAUGCCAUGUAUCACAGAUGUUUGGAUUACAUCCUGGAUGAAAUCAAAGUGAACAAGAAGGCCAAUGUAAUGGUGGCAUCGCACAAUGAGAGAACAGUUGCCUAUACACUGCACAGAAUGCAUGAACUUGGGCUCCAUCCAUCAUCUCGGAAGGUCUACUUUGGCCAAUUGCUUGGCAUGUCUGAUCAGAUCAGCUUCCCCCUUGGCCAGGCUGGCUACCCAGUAUACAAAUAUGUCCCGUACGGCCCAGUGGAAGAGGUGUUACCCUACUUGUCCAGGCGUGCACAGGAAAACAGAGGCAUGGUGGCAGGAACCCAGCGGGAGCGUGACCUACUGUGGAAAGAGCUGAAACGCAGGAUCUUGCAGGGAGACUUGUUCAAAACUGUGUAUUAGCUACACGCAUGGCAGGGGGGCCCGACAGUCUGGUUUUCAAAGUGCCCACUGAGUAGAAGAGGAGACAUGUUCUCUACAUUGGUGCACAAAGUGCUGGGGGAGAGGUGUUCUCCUGUGACUUGUUUAAGGCACUCAAAGCUUUGGUAACGAGUGUCUCCCACAAAUCAAGCUCAAAGCAAAAGUAAUUCUGCUGGUGGUCUUUAGUGACUGAGCUGUCUUGGGAUCUGGCUCUUUCUCCUAGAGCAGUUGUGCGCUGCAGCCCUUUCCAUCUAUAUACUUUCAACCCAUCCAAAGCCUGUUGGAUACAUUAACAUUACAAUAUCUUGCACCAUAUUAUUAUAAAGAGUCCUAAAAGGCAUUAGGGACAUUCCCCUUUGGUAUAGCUGUAGGGAAACCGUAUAGAGACUAUGCAUGUGUUUCUUCUGAACUUCAAAAGUUAGGUCUAGCGAGCAGGAAGCCUUCUAUUUCGUGAAUCAUUUUGGAAAGUAUGUAGGGACCCCAAGGGAAGCCCACUACAAUGCAGUGGUGUUAUAGGCUGCUGUUGUCUCUGAUGUUGAAGUUGUCAGUUUCACCUUUGCCCCUUGGGAAGGUGAGAUGGUGCCUCAUCAUUAUUUUUGUUGGGACGACUACCUUUUUUAUGUGGGGUAUUGUCUUCUCAGAAAAUCAUGAGGAGGACAGACAUAUCUCCCUGUGUGGUUUUGCUACUCACCUCAUUUGUUUAGUAAUGCAAAAGUCACCUCCAUCUUUUUUUACAUGAAGUUGCAAUAGAAAGGAUUUUUUAAAAUUUUAACUUAUGCAGGCUCUUCUCCUUCAGACUGCUGGGAGGAGUGUGGGGUGAGUCUGCUAUGACAUUAUUACUCUGCUGUUCGUGUGUGAACACUGGUAACUGUAUAAAUGGGCCUGAUCGUCUCUCACUGAACACUUGCGUACCUCUGGCAGAAAACCUGUUGUGGGGCAUAUGAGGCUGCAUGCUCCACUUGGACUGACCUUGCUAGACUUUGACAGUAUCUUUCCAUGUGAAUAUAUAAAGUUAUUACUGUGGUUACAGAGAACUGAUGAAUGUGACCUCAAACUCAACACUGGAAAUGGAUUGAAUAAUCUUAGAUUGUAACUUUGCUUCAUUUAUAAUGUGCAAAUUAGUUCUUAACUGUUGAUUUUUCAGAGUUCUGUGGAAAUGUGUUACUGAUCUAACCAUUAACAUACUGUUUAUUGCCUCAAAUCAGGGAAACAAACACUCGCGCACAAAUAGAUGAUAACCACUGUCCUCUGAGUGCUAUCCUAUGUGAUGUACACUCUCUGCAGCUGCUGGAUUAACCUUAUUACAAGCACUUUGCCACUUAUAUGUGUAACGUGGACAGAGAUGUCCUGCAGGAGGUGUUUAAAUGUGUUUAGUCAGAGAUUUUCCAGCUUUCAAUGGGUUGUGUGAUGUUUUGGUAUUAAUCUAAUGUCACACAGUAACCAAUGAGGAAAUUAUCCACUCCCUUUCUUAGUGCCUAUGUCAUCAGAUACUUCCAAAUGCAAAGGUAGAAUCCGGCUGAAUUAUCUCAUCGUGCAUUGUGAAGUCAAAUACUGUAUAUGCAGGUUAGUAAACCUGCCAAGCCUAAGAAUGUCUGUUGGGUUAGUAGAUCAUUCAUAAUCCCACCCUCCCACCCCAACAAUCCAGUCAUCUUCCUCACUGAUUAUCAGAAAAUGACGACUGUUCUUCAAAGUUGAACUUUCCGUGGUUUUUUAACAAGUAGCAGUGACCAUUUGGUGUUGGAUUAAAGAAGAGUUUAGUUGUAAGUAGCAGAGAGAAGUGAGAAAUAAGUCGGAUUACAACAGCAACAGUCCUUAACCAUUUUUGAUUAAAGGGUCUAUCUUCAAAUGCAUUAGUAAUCUCUGACCACAUUCUUCCGCACCCUGCAAUCCAAAAUCCUUACCCAUCAAAUCUAAAUCAAAAUGGGAAACUGUUGCUUGUAAAGAGUCUUUAAUUUAUUGAAGUAAACAGGUUUUUACUUAGAUCCUUAAUGAAGAUGUCGCCACCUUCCCACAACUUUAGCACUCCUUCAUUUGGAUUGUUCUCCAAAGUCAGCUACAGCCCAUCCAAUCAGAGCUGCACUCCUCUUUUUCAAAAGUACAUAGGGACCUCGAGGGAGACCCACUGCAUUACAGAAGUCUACUGGACUGCUGUUGUCUCUGACGUUGAAGUUGCUGUCAACUUCUCCUUUGCUCUUUGGGAAGGUGAAAUGAUGCCUUGUCUUUUUGUUUUUGUUGAGGCAAUUGCUUUUUAAUGUGGGGUGUUGAGUAUUAUUUUCACGAUUUUCAUGAAAAUCGUGAAUCGCACUGCACUGUUUGAUUUGGAAUUGGUAAGAUACAGUUGUUACUGAGGAGGAAGAAUUCGCUAAUAAUUGUAAUCUACAGCCCCUGAUUUUUUAAAUAUGUUUUAUGUUUUGGAGGAUGGUAAAUGCUAAUUUUUGAAGCUUAAUGGAAGUGCUACAUGAUGGGAGGAAGGAGAACCUGUGCUAUAUAAGAGGAGAAGCAAAAUGAGCUUAAAAAAUGUCAGUGUCUGUAGUGAACUGUUUAGGCAAGCAGUGCAUUUGCAACUUCUUGGUCCUUGGUUGACCUGAUUAGAUCUAGAUGUAGAUGAAGCUGUUGCGAAGUUACCCUUCCUUUCUCGGAGAUGUACCUGAGAUUUGGUGUCCUUGGCAGCACCGUGUGACUACAUACUAAAGCUGAUGAUGUAACAGUCAACCCUGCAGUGAGCAAACAGCUGGCAAACUCACUGGGUUAUCAGAUUACUUACACUAAUGGGAAUCAUUCAGAAGGAUUGGGGGUGGGGCACAGUGUGAUCUGUGUUUAUCUGGUAAUCCUAAUGCUAAGUGAUUUUUUACAAAAGUUUUACUAUGCUCUCUACUGAUUGAUCUGGUUGUGUGUUCCAGCCUGUCUCAGGUUUUCAAUAAAUCUAUUUGUGGA